UUAAUAAAAAUUCAAAUGCCUGUUGUAUCUGUACAGAUUAAGGUAGAAACUAUAAAGGUAAACUGGAUUGGCAUUUCUGUUUCUAAAGAUAUUACAGUAAGACAAUUUUAUGAAAAUCUUAUUGCAAGAAAAAUUAUUCCUAAAGUGCAGUUAAAUAAUGAAGACCAUUUGCAACUAGUUAAAGUAGAAUUUUUAUUCAACACAGCUGGACCUUUUAAUAUUGUUAGUAUGGAAUGUAAUAUAAUUGAGACAAUUGAAGCUUAG